AUGGCAAAUUGCAUAUUGGCAAAGAUAGGGCAACUACGAUUUCUUCCAGCAACAAAUCUUUUACAACCAUACCGUACGACCACAUCAAAACAUUAUAACCCCAAGUUUAAGAAGCUUCGUAAAGAAAAAUUUCUUAAAAUAAAUCUUCACGACUAUAACGAGGAUAUUGACAACCUUCCUGAAGAAAAAGUCAGGCAGAAGAUGAAAGAGCGUGGCUUGCUUCCUACUAGACCUUGGAAUGACAGACCUUUUUACGUUUCAGCGACAGGUGGUGUUUUUGAGGCAUACAUCCCACCAGAGGGUGAUGGAAAAGCCUCCAUAGUAUCAACUACACGAGCAAAACAAACUGUAGAGCUGCUUGAAAAAAAAUCUAAAUCAAUGAUGGCAAUACGUAAAGUUAAAUCUUUUGAUGAAGAUUUUGAUACCAAAGAAUUUUGCCGGAUAGCCCAAGAUAUUUAUGUUAAGGCACAUGAAAGUCUCGUUAAUAAUGAUAGGCAUGCCUUGAGAACACAUGUUACAGAGAAGGCAUAUCCUGAAUUUCGGCAUAAUUCAUUUGGAAAGACAAUAAGAUGGAAGUUUUUGGAAUCACUAGAGCCACCAAGAGUAGUUCAUGCCAGAUGUACAGAUGUUAUUAGCAAAGAGAAUAUAUUUGGACAGAUCACUGUUCGCUUCCACACUCGUCAGCAGUUGUCCGUGUAUGACCGUUUUGGAAGACUAUUGCAUGGUAGUGAGAUUCUUGCUAAGGAUGUCUUGGAAUAUGUUGUAUUUGAGAAGCAUUUAUCCAAUGUUUAUGGUAAUUGGAGAGUGCAUGGGAAAAUAAUACCGGAUUGGGCACCACCUAAAGACCCAUCCAAACUAACAAGAUUAAUGCCAGAAGAAAAGACUGUGGUGCCAGAAAAAACUGACAGUGAAGAAACCCCAGUUGUACCUGAUAAGUAA